AUGGGUAACAACCCUUCCAAAGGUCCCGCCGGAGAUGUUCCGCCGACUUCGGGCCCCUCGACCCAUGCGGGUGACAAGAAAGUAACUCGCCGACCAUCGCUCAAUGCUUCAUCAGGCACAGCAAAAGCCACUGCCGCGGAUCCUUCUGCCUCCAAAGAGACUGCAACUGGUCAUUCAGCUUCACAAAAUCGGGCAUCGGUUCAACAGCGUCUUCAAUCGCGCAAUGCUCCAGACUCAGCGCCGCGGUAUGCGCCUGAAACUAAGAAAAUAGACAUACGCUCCCCCGAUCCGUCAAACCCCGUCCAGGUGCCAACCUCACGAACUAGUGCUAGGAAUGAUCACUAUACAUCUGUAGCGCCGUCCGCUCCACCUCACAAUGCCUACUACAGCGCAUCUGCACAUCUCCAGCGGCCACCUCGAUUGCCUCUACCGAUUGGUGAUGCCAUGGCGACGCCAGGCUCACCUUAUAUGGGGUCGCCUCCCGCGGAUCAAUUGCUCGAUGAACAGACAGGUCAGGGAGAUUCGAAGUUGGGCGAUACCGCCGUUGAGGAUGAAGAAGUCUUGGAAGAACUGGAGCCGUAUACAAGCAGUGGUGUAGGCCGGCCUGUUCCCACAAUUAUAGAAUGGACUGCUCCUGGCGACAAGGUUUAUGUCACCGGAACCUUUGUCAACUGGGAGAAAAAGUUCCGUCUCCACAGAAGUGAAAGUAACCCCGGUGUUAUGUCAACCAGGUUAAAUCUCCGCCCUGGAACCCACCACUUAAAAUUCAUCGUAGACGGUGAGAUGCGCGCGGCGGACAGUCUUCCCACUGCAGUAGACUUUACCAAUCAUCUCGUUAAUUACAUCGAAAUAAGCGCCGACGACGCUAAUCGGUCACGAAGUGGGAGCGAUAAAACAUCUCAAAGCAAUGUUCCUCCUGGAGUCUACCCUCCGCAAGUCCUGCCCACUCGAGCUGGGUCUGAGCAGGUUGGAUCCGGAUCAGCCGUUGAAGAUCAACCGGACGAGCUGGAAGAGAUUCCCCAAGGAGACUUCCGUCGUAUAAUCCCGCAGUUCCUUGUUGACUUAGACAGAGACGAUGAAACUCAAGAGAGCCCAGCUUACCAACAAGCUGUCAAUGUGAUUGGCGAUGCACCUACGCCACCAAGUCUACCACUGUUCCUGGGAAAGUCGAUAUUAAACGGCACUACGCCAAUGAAGGACGAUAGCAGCGUACUGAAUUAUCCCAACCAUACUGUUCUGAAUCAUCUGGCAACGAGCAGUAUCAAAAAUGGCGUUCUGGCUACCAGUGCAACAACCAGGUACAAACGCAAGUACGUAACGACAAUUUUGUAUAAGCCAACAGGGGAUAUCGCGGGAUAG